AUGACAGCCUCACGCCGCCAGAGCAACGCGCAGUCUAACAGAUUACAAGUCUCCAACCCAUUCCAAUACUAUCCACCAGACUAUGCUGAGCCACCGGAAUCUACUCUACAAGCCCGAGGAAUACAGGAACACGACAACGUGUCAGAUCACUUCACUCAUGAGUACCAUGUUUCUCAGCAAGCAGCGUGGGCAUACAACCCGGCCGAAGAUACAAGCGCAUGGCCCGCUAGUCAGGUACCUAACAAUCUACCGGGACUGACAAUCAACCAGCCUGCUGUCCAGCCGUAUGGGUAUAAUAAGCAUCAUCCAGAGUUCCAUGAGCAUGGAUCGAACUUGCACGCAGAUCAGUAUUACAAGCAAGAGGACGUAGUGUCAUGGAAUCCAGAGACCCGGCCAGGAGUCGUGGUCAACGCCCGUGGGGGACAAACCAGAGACACACUUGGUCAGUUAGAGGAUGACCUCGCCAUGCUUGACUUCCCAGAACCCUUGUCACGAAAUGGAGCCGCACGCUUCUUUCCCAUCCAACAGAGAACUCAAGCAUUAGGUGCGACCAUGGAGCUGGCGGAGCUGAUGGAUGCGGAACCUCUUUGCGUGACCUCCCAAUUUUUCCGUGACCACAGCGAAACCGCAUACUUAAAGCACAUCAGCCAGACUCCGGAUCGGGAAGUCUUCUCUAGCGACCCUGCAUUUGCUGAUAUUGCCGAAUCAGGGCCUGUUACGUCCUUCAAAGAUCUCUAUCUGCGCAAAGAAGCUCUGAAGUUGAGCUUUGAGAGCGAUGACUUCGCUAGCAGUGACUUCAGGCACGUCCAGCAACCUUCUACAUGUGCUGGACAGAAACAUCGCUAUCAACCGUGUUCAAAGCAGACCAAGGAUCACGCACCGCCGUCUAUUGACCAAGAUGAACGCCUCGCUUCGCAGAGAGUCACAGACACGCCCGAACCUAUUGCGCUCUCUGGGUCCUUCGGCGCAGCACCCAUGAAGCAGCGACAAGAGCCAAAUGAUCAGCCAUACUACCAGCCUCGUGAUCAGCAGUGGCUGCCCUCGCAAGCAACAAACCAGCAACAACCGCACCAUGACAACGGGGCAUAUUCCGCCACUGACAUCCACGACGCCCAGCAGCUCCGCUCACCACAUGCCCAGCGCGGUCGGCCGCCGUACACGGACAAUGGACAUGGCCAAAAGCGAUCCGCCGAAGCUAUGCAAUAA